AUGAGUGCAUAUAAGGAGCUUACCCAUGAAGUACAAACUGGAAAUUCCGAGCCAGAAACCGAUCGCGAGCAGCCUUUAGAAACUACUCUCAAGGGAACCCGUCUCUAUCGGACCAUUUUUCCUGGCGCUGUGAGGCAGAAAGCUUAUAGAUUCGAUGGGUUGGGGGGUUUCUUUACCAAGGAUUGGGAUCUCACAGAAGGGAGUGGGAAAGAGUUUUGUUGGUACCAUGUUGAACUUCCAAAGGGAAAUCAGAAGCUCACAUUGUCUGCACAAUACCUCAUCGACGUUCUUUGUCCUCCUCUCAAACUCCAAGACAUCCUCUCACUCGUCAGCAAUGGUCCCUUUUGUGGGCAUGUUGACGGAGCUCUUUUCUUCAGGGUGUGCUCGCCGGGCCCUGCUUCAAGCAAUUUCACCCUCAGAAUUGCUGCAAGAAUCACUCAGAACUCGGUGAUCACCGUCACUGUGGGUCGUGUUCCCAGAUUGGGUUUCUCUCAGAUGGGUCAAUCUCUUCUUUCUCAGAUUCCUAGUGUGGAGAAUCCCAAUACGGUUAAAAGUGACAUGGAAGAGAAUGGGAUUGUGAUUAGAGAGCACGUUCUUGAGUUUUUGUUAACCAUGAAUCACUCUGAGGAGGCUGAUAAUCCAGUUCCCCGUACUGUCUCGAGACUUGUUGUUCAUUUUCUUGACACACAUGUGGAUUACAUUCAAGAUAUAGUGACCAAGCUCGAGUUGGAGUUGGAUUCGGUUGAACAUGAGCUCGACAAAGACUGUUGUGCUUUGAAAAAGCAAAUGCUGGACGACAGAAAAUUUCCCAAAAUGCAUCUCAACUUACAACGCCUGCUUCAGGUCAUCGCACAUGGGGAACAAGUAUUUCCUCGUCUUAAAGAAAAAUGUUCUACAAAAAAUUGGUUUUCCAUUGAGGACAUUGUUUCCCUGGAAGAGCUAGUUGGACGUCUCAGACGGCUCAAAGAGAAUGUUGGGUUCAUAGUAAAUCGUGUCACAGCAAUACAGGCCAGUCUGGACAGUUGGCAGUCUGAGCAAAUAAAUAAAAAGCUUUAUAUUAUUUCCGUACUUUCAAUAGUAUUCCUUCCUUUGUCGAUCAUUACUGGAGUGUUUGGGAUGAAUGUGGGAGGAGUUCCAUGGACAGGACAAAUAGAUCCUACCAUAAAAGAUGGGUUCCGAAAUGUUAUGAUGCUCUGUGGCUUUAUGAUAUUUGUUCCUCUAUUUAUAUUUAGUUUACCAUCUCUCUAUGACCACUUAUAUGCUUGGAAGAGACGGAUGAAGAGGAGGAGCUGGUCUUUUAAUAGGGACUCAAUCUUGAAAAGAACUAUUGGUAGCAGGUUUCAGGAAAGAAGGGGCUAUUUCCGCCUUAGAUAA